AUGGACAAGAAACAACAAUGUGAUAAAAAAAGAAAAUCUUCAAAGGAGUAUAAGAUCAGGAGACAUCAGCUGCAAUCUGAGAGGAUCUCAAAAACUGCAAGGAAAGAGGCAAAAGAAGGAAAAACUUAUGAAACAGGUAUUGGGCUAAAUCUGGAAAAGGAAACUACAGUUACAACUACAGGCAACAAUACAGAUGUUGAUGUUGAUAAAAUUGUUAUGGGCAUAACAAAUAAUAAGCAAUUAUAUGAAGACUUGAUGAAACUAGUUCCACCUUUCACUGAAAGACCAGCAAAAGAAUACCUAAGUCAUGAUCCUGAUAAAACAUACCAGUUUGUAUUAUUUGACAUUGAAACAACAUGCACUGGCAAACAGGCAGAGAUCUGUCAACUAUCGGCAAUAUGUCAAAAUGGUGACACCUUCUCUUCAUAUAUUCUGCCCAAUAAUUCUGUUGGAUAUUAUGCAUCGAAAGUCAAUAAUCUCACAGUAGAAACCAUAAAUGGGCAAAGAACAUUGUGCAAAGAUUUGAAACCAGUAAAUUCAGUAUCUCUUCAAAUAGCACUACAAACAUUUAUAAAAUUCCUACAAGAUCAACAAAACUGA